AUGCAGUCCAACCAGCCUAGAGUUGAAGAGGUUGAAUCCGACAACAUUGUUGAAAGGGAGUUCCAGCCACCCACGCCACCCAAGCGCAAGAAGAAGAAGGUGUCGUUUGCAGUCUGGUGGGAGCUGCACGCACCUGAGGAGCUUAAGAUUUCUGCUGAAAGUAUCGAACAGCAGGACGCUUCACUGGUGGUUGAAAAUGAAUCAAUCACCAAAGCACUAGAGACUGUGGAUCAAAAAGGGGACAGACAGCCACCUGAGAGUGAGUCCAAUGAGAAGAACCAGGUACCAUUUAAAACCUGGUCGGAGGAACACGUCCCCACUGAACAAGAGAUUUCUGCAGGAAAUACUGAGAAGCAGAACGAUUCACUGGUCAGCGAAGAAGAGUCCACCGCUGGAGUGCAGGAGACAAUUGAUAUAACAGAGAAGGAACAGCCCUCUAAGUCUAAGAAACAGCCACCAACAACGAGUGUUGCUGGCGGUGAGCUCUUUGACUUCCUGGCAGAGAAGGAGUCUCUGAGCGAAGAGGAGGCCACUCAGUUCCUGAAGCAGAUCCUGGACGGAGUCCUCUACCUGCACUCCAAGCAGAUCGCUCACUUCGACCUGAAGCCGGAGAACAUCAUGCUGCUGAACCGCUCAAUGCCUCACCCGCGCAUCAAGCUCAUCGACUUCGGACUAGCGCACAAGAUCGACUUCGGAAAUGAUUUCAAGAACAUUUUUGGGACUCCAGAGUUUGUAGCUCCAGAAGUAGUGAACUAUGAACCUUUGGGCCUGGAGGCGGACAUGUGGAGUAUCGGGGUUAUAACCUACAUCCUGCUGAGUGGCGCUUCUCCCUUCCUGGGCGACAACAAGCAGGAGACUUUGGCCAACGUGUCGGCCGUCGAUUACACGUUCGACGAAGAGUUCUUCAGCAACACCAGCGCUCUGGCCAAAGACUUCAUUAAGAGGCUUCUUAUCAAAGAUCCAAAAAAGAGAAUGACGAUUCAGGACACCCUCCUGCACCCCUGGAUCAAGCCAAAAGACACUCAGCAAGCACUGAGCAGGAAGGAGUCAGCCGUCAACAUGGAGAAGUUUAAGAAGUUUGCAGCUCGAAGGAAAUGGAAACAAUCCGUCCGACUCAUCUCCUUAUGUAACCGCCUGUCGCGCUCCUUCCUGUCCAGGAGCAACAUCAGCGUGGCGCGCAGCGACGACACGCUGGAUGAGGAAGACUCCUUUGUGAUGAAGGCCAUCAUCCACGCCAUAAACGACGACAACGUUCCCGGGCUGCAGCAUCUGCUCGGCUCUUUGAACAGCUACGACGUCAACCAGCCCAACAAGCAUGGGACUCCUCCGCUGCUGAUUGCCGCCGGCUGCGGCAACAUUCAGAUCAUCGAGGUGUUGAUGAGAAAAGGUGCAGAAAUCCAGGCUAACGACAAGAGCGGAGCCAACGCCGUGUAUUACGCAGCCCGACACGGACACGUCGACACCCUGAGGUUCCUCCACGAGAAGAAAUGCCCUCUGGACGUCCAGGAUAAGUCUGGAGAAACGGCUCUCCAUGUGGCGGCUCGCUACGGCAACGUGGAUGUGGUGAGCUACCUGUGUAGCAUCCGGGCCAAUCCAGACCUGACGGACCGGGAGCAGGAGACGCCGCUGCACUGCGCCGCGUGGCACGGCUACUCCGCGGUAGCCAGAGCGCUCUGCCAGGCCGGCUGCCAUGUUGACGCCAUGAACCGUGAGGGGGAGAGUCCGCUGCUGACGGCAUCCGCCCGCGGCUUCGUGGACAUCGUGGAGUGCUUGGUGGAGCACAAGGCGGACCUGGAGGCCACGGACAAGGACGGCCACACUGCGCUCCACCUGGCGGUUCGCCGCUGUCAGGUCGAAGUCGUCCGCUGCCUCCUCAGGCGGCGCUGCCACCUGGACCAGCAGGAUCGCCAUGGCAACACGCCCCUCCACAUCGCCUGCAAGGACGGAAAUCUGGCGGUCGUCACGGCGAUGUGCAGCGCCAAGGCCAGCCUGGACCUGCCCAACAAGCAUGGACGGACUCCGCUCCACCUGGCUGCCGGAAACGGGAGCCUGGAGGUCGUCCGCCAUCUUUGUCUGGCCGGAGCAAACAUCGACGCCGUCACAAACGAUGGAAAAACAGCCGAGGAUUUGGCUUCUGCUGAUCAUCAUGAACACAUCGUGGAUUUAUUGGGAAAGCUUAAAAAGGACAACCACAAGCUGAGCUACAUCCAGCAGCUGCGCCCCACCCAGACCAUCCAGCCCAGGAUCAAACUCAAGCUGUUCGGACACUCCGGGUCCGGGAAGAGCACGCUGCUGGAGUCGCUGAAAUGCGGCAUCCUGCGCAGCUUCUUCAGGCGGCGCAGGACGACGCGCAUGACCAACUCAGCGCGACACCCCAACUCCCCCGUCAACUCCAAGCCUGCAGUCUCUGUGAGCAUCUCCAACCUUUACCCCGGCUGUGAGAACGUGAGCGUGCGCAGUCGCAGCAUGAUGUUCGAGCCCAGCCUGACCAAAGGCGUGCUGGAGGUUUUCUCCCCCGUCCACAGCGCGCUGUCGGCAGCGGACGAGCAGGCCACCAAGGCCAUCGACAUCCAGCACGCCAACAUCCACGGUGUUGGUGAUUUCAGCGUUUGGGAGUUCUCAGGAAACCCCGUCUACCACUGCUCCUACGACUACUUUGCGGCCAACGACGUGACGGCGAUCCACCUGGUGCUGUUCAGCCUGGAGGAGCCGUACGAGACGCAGCUGGGCCACAUCACCUACUGGCUGAACCUGCUGAAGGCCCUCACCCCGCCGCAGGACAACAUCGUUUUCGGAGGUCGGAUCCAGCAGCCGCUGCCGGUCGUCCUGGUGGCGACGCACGCCGACCUGGCCGACAUCACCAGGGCGUUCUCUGGGGAGUUCAGCUACGACAAAGAGCGAGCGCUGCUCAAGGAAGUCAGGAACAGGUUUGGGAACGAUCUGCAGAUCAGCGACAAACUGUUUGUGAUGGACGCCGGAGCAUCAAACUCCAAAGACCUGAAGCUGCUGAGGAGUCACCUGCAGGAGCUGCGCGCCAGCAUCAUCUCUAGGUGCGGUCCGAUGACGCAGCUGUCGGAGCGCCUGCUGGCCGCGCUGCCGUCCUGGAGGAAGCUGAGCGGGCCGAACCAGCUGACGUCAUGGCAACAGUUUGUCAGCGACGUCCAGGAGCAGAUCAACCCGCUGGUCAGCCAGGACCACCUCCGGACUCUGGCCAUGCAGCUGCACAGCAUGGGGGAGAUCAACAUCAUGCAGAGCGAGACGGUGCAGGACGUCGUCGUGCUCGAGCCUCGCUGGCUCUGCACCAGCGUCCUCGGUAAGCUGCUGUCCGUGGAAACGCCCAAGGCCAUCCACCACUACAGGGGGCGCUACAGGCUGGAGGAGGUGCAGGCGCUGGCGCCGGAGAGCGACGUGGAGGAGCUGCUGCAGAUCCUGGACGCCAUGGACGUCUGCGCUCGCGACAUCACCAACCCGUCCAUGGUGGACGUCCCGGCGCUCAUCAAGACCAACGGCCUGCACCGCUCCUGGACGGAGGACGAGGACGAGGACGCGCUGAUCUACGGCGGCGUGCGGCUCGUCCCCGCCGAGCACCUCACGCCGUUUCCCUGCGGCUUGUUCCACAAGCUGCAGGUCAACCUGUGCCGCUGGAGCCACCAGCAGAAACCCGAGGAGGACGGCGCCGACGACUCGGACGGAGACAUUCACCUGUGGACCAACGGCGCCAAGGUGAGCCAGGCGGGGGUGGAGGCCAUGAUCCUGCUGGUGAACCACGGCCAGGGCGUGGAGAUCCAGGUGCGCGGCCACGAGUCUCAGCGGGCCAAGUGCUACGCCCUGCUGGACACCGUGUGCAGCAUCACGGAGAACCUGCUGGCCUCCACGCUGCCGGGCCUGCUCACCGCCCGGUACUACCUGAGCCCGCAGCAGCUGCGGGAGCACCACGCCCCCAUCAUGGUGUACCAGCCCAAAGACUUCUGCCGCGCCCAGAUCCAGCGCGAAACCUCGCUCACCAACACCAUGGGCGGCUACCGCGAGAGCUUCAGCAGCAUCCUGGCGUUCGGCUGCGCUGAGGUCUACCAGCAUGGCGUGCUGGGGACCGACAUCCACAUCGCCGACGUGCCGCUGCUGGCCCGCAGGAAGCUGUGCCGCAUGCUGGACCCGCCCGACGCGCUGGGCAAGGACUGGUGCCUGCUGGCCAUGAACCUCGGCCUCACCGACCUGGUGGCCAAGCACAGCGGCGGCGGCGCCACACCGGACGCCGACGCGCAGCCGCCGCCGCCCAGCCCCACGGCGGCGCUGCUGCGGGAGUGGAGCGGCAGAGCCGGCAGCAAGGUCGGCGUCCUGAUGAUCAAACUGCGGGAGCUGGGGCGCCGGGACGCGGCCGACUUCCUGCUCAAGGCGUCGCCGGUGUUCAGGGUCAACAUGGAGGCGCUGAGCGGCGCGCCCAACGGAUACCCGCCCACCUGCAACGGCGGCACGUCUUACAACUCAAUCAGCUCCGUCAUAUCGCGCUGACGAGCCGCGCAGCUUCAGCAACGAUGUGCAAUCAUGAAGAGCUGCUCGCCGUUUUCCAACAUCCUGUACAGCCAGCCCCUCCCCUCCUCUACACUGCAAAAACACAAAACCUGAAGAAACACAAAAUCUGACCAAAUAUUUCUAAUUUCUACUGCAAAUAUCUUUGUAAACUAAAAGUAAGGCAAAACUAAGUUAUAAGAAACUUUUCAUCCAGAUAUUGCAGCUCGUUUCACUAAAUAAAUCUUUAAUAUUGAUGAAAUAGUUCCAGUUCCACUUGCAGAUUAUUUCACAUAUAAAACAACAUUUUCCCAAUUUGUUUUUUUUUUUGUUUUUUGGUUGAAAACAGAGAAAAUAGAGUUUUAUCUCAACAAUGCAUUAAAUCAGUGUCUGUUAAAUUGUAUGAUUUUAUAACUCAAAUUGUAAAUCCAUAGAAUCAGCAGCAUGAUUCAUUUUCACUGCAGAAACACAAAAUCUUACCAAGUUUGUUUUACUUGUUUUUAGUCAAUAAUUCCUCAAUAUUAUUAAAAAUCACACUAGAUCUACUGGCAAAUUACUUCAGUUAUUACAUGGGGAAAUUAUCUUGUUAUAAGUAAAUUUAUCUGCCAGUGAAACUAGAACUUUUUCAUCAAUAUUGAGGAAUUAUUGACUUAAAAUAAGCUCUUAUUUAUUUGAAAAGUUACUUUGAAGUUAAUUUUUUUUUCUUAGAAAACAUUUUUCUCACAUAAGUUAAAAUAUCUCUUUAACAACUAAGAUGUAAGAUCUUGUUUUAAGUCAACAAAUCUUUAAUAUUAAGUUAAAAGUUCUAGUUCUACUAGCAAACUAUUUCACUUUUAACGAGAUGCUUUAAGUGAAAUAAUCUGCCAGUGGAACUAGACAUUUUAUUCUGAUAUAAGUUAAAAUAUCUUAUUAUUCUGGCAGAUUAUUUAACUUGUAGGCAUCACUUUUCUAUCAGUAUUAAGUGAUUAUUGACCUAAAACACACUUCUUGCUGAAAAGCGACUUGUUAGUUUUGUCUUUUUUCAAAUCUGCUAAGAUAUUUACACCAGAAACUAGACCAAAAAUACUUGGUGAGAUUUUGGUUUUUUGCAGUGUAUGAAUGUCGUUGAAGCUCCAAAGAGGAAUCCUGUGGUUUUAAUCUCAUUGUGCUGCUUAAUAAUAAUAAUAAUAUUAACAAUAAUAAUCCUCCUGCUCUGCUGCAAAUUGAAAUAGGAAAAGCAAACCCGUCUCCAGGUGAAGAAGUUGUCUGUUUUUCAGCUCCCAUCCGAGAACUCUGCGUUUAUGUAGGAGGCCGCCAUCUCUUUUACAUUUAAUAUUAUCUCAGUUGUUCAUUUUUUUUCCUUUUGUUAAUCUUUGUGUAUAAUUAAUAAAUUAAGAGUGUUUCUCAGAGUGCCUUCGGGGCCUUCUACCUCCCUAAAAGCACAAACCGUCUUGUUGUUGCGACAGCUGUUCUUUCCUAACAUCUGAAGAACCGUGCCUUGUUGACACUAAAACAGCGAAAUCAAAAGUUUAAACCUCGCCUGUUUAGAUUUAAGGCAGAAAACCCAAAUUAUGAAGAAUCUUAUUUGGAAAAAAAAUGAAACAAAAACCUGUUUUUAAGUCAGAUUUAGGAUAGUUUUAGCAGGGAUGUCCCGGUCCAGGUUUUGGCUCCAAUCCUGAUCAGAUUCGAUAAAUAAACCCUGAGUUCCAGUCGGAUGCUUCAUGGAAAUCAAUAUCAUGCACAUUCAGUAAAAUCAGACAUUUUGCAUCAGUAUUUCAUGGUGGCUGAGAGAUGCAAACACAUGAAUGAUGAAACUCCGAGACACAGAAACAGAAAAAUAAACAAAAAAUGCAACAAAAAAAGCUGCAAUCACAGAAAAAGGAAACAAAUACAAUAUAAAUAAAUAUAAUAUAAAUACAAAUAUAAAUAAAAAGGUGGGAACAACUGCAAGCAGGAAACACUGUAAACUCGAAGUCCUUCAGACCACUAGGGGGCGUCGACUAAAAUCCUAUGGCACCAGGUAAAGAUGGGAUGUUGAUAUUUAUGGGGUUUUUCACAAGGAAGAAGGAAGAAAAGGUGUGUUAGACUGUUAGAUGUUUUUUUUACAAUAUUACUGAGCACAAUUGGGUAUUUAUGUAGGUAAUACUACCUACUCCAGACUCCCCCUACUGGUCUGGAGGACUUCUGUUUUGUGGAGAAACUUUGCUGUGUUUCAUAUUUGCAGUUUUUUCUACUUGCAACAGUUUUCGUUUGCAGCGGUUCUUCUGUUGCGUUUGUGUUUUGGAGUUUGCAUCAUUCGUGUGUUUGCUGCAUGUUUGCACCUGCUGGCCAUCGUAAUGUUUCUUUUUCUUAGUAUUAAAUUAACUGACCACCUCCAGAGUUUUGAAAGGAGUUUCUGUAAAGACAGAUGCUAACAGAAAUGCGCAGCUUUAACUUGUUUAUUUCUGCUGCUGAAAAUGGCUCAGUUAGCAAAAGCGCUAAGCUAACGCUAAAAUGUUGACUUUCUACUGUGAUAUGACUCAUUGAUUUUUACCCAGUUUUAUCUGAGUUCUGGUUGAACGUCAUACAAUGUAAUGACGACUGUUUCAGCUGCUUUCUGCUCUCUGGUUGCACCAGCCACUACUAUCUCUCUCUUCAUCUAUAAAUUUUAUUCUAAAUGCAAACUGUGAUGCGGUUUUCAAGCAAAGUACAUUAAAUUAGGUCCCACAUCAGUUAACCAACGAAAAGUUUCGUCUCUGUGAUCGGGACAUCCCAUAUUUUUAAUAAUUUGGGGUGAUUCUGUUUUACAGGUCCCAUAAUUUCUGUCUUUUGGUUUUGAUUGAACUUUCCCCUGAACAAAAUGUUUUUUCAUUUUGGUUGUAUUAACCUGAGCCACCAUCAAUGUUACAGUUCAGAUAAUGGUCUAAUCGCUCUACGUUAUGUUUUUUGCACGGUUUCUAAUCAUUUUCCGCAAUUAUGUUGAAAAAUGUAUUUUUCUUAAUGUUGUGCUUCGGAGACGUUCUCUUCUGUUACUGUUUGAUCGGAUUGUUUUGAAGCUGCUUUAAUGCUAAAUAUUUGGUCGUUCUGUUACAGUCUGGUUGUGUUUUUAUUCAGCUUUUCAUUGUUACCUGUUUGGAUUCAGUACAGUAAUCAGAGGUUUGCUCUCUUCUGUGAGGAAAAAGAUUUUGUAAAAAAAUAUAUAAUUAUCUUCUGUUGUAGACAUUUUAAAUCUGAACCAACAGCAGAUUAUUUUCCUGAUUUCUUCACUAAAUCAUCCCGGGAAAGAAGAAACCAAAGAUCCUGGUGUUUUUUCCAUGUUUUUGCUGUUAUUUUAGUUUCGGUUGCAGCUUCGACUUCAGCCUCUAGAUGGCGGUAGAAUCCACACAUCGGACCUUUAAUGUUUACAGCAGGAACAGAGAGCAGAUUGGAGCUACAAUUGUUGAUCAUAAAGACAGUUUGUAAGAAAAUUCUGGGACCUGUUAAAUGUUUUUCCAUUUCAACAGAAGGAAUUUUAGCCAUUUUUACCAAUAAAAGGACAAAUUUUUGAGUUUCUAAACAUUAAAAAUCAUCAUGGCUGAGAUUCAGGGUCGACAUCCUACUGACUUUAAAUAGAAAGUGCCACAAAAUAAAGAGAAAAUAGCCUAAUAAGGUGGAUUUUUGUUAUGUUUUUGCUGUAAAGUAACUGUUGACCGUCCUGACGCUGCAGCUUGCCGUCCACGGUGUCGGCUGUUUUCCCUUUGCACAGUGGCGUCGACGCCACCUUCCACCAAGCUAAAUUUGAGCUUCUGUCGGUUUCACUGCGGGUUGUUGGCCGGCCACGCGUCGCCUCACAUCUUCUUUCACUUUGUCUUUUUACAGCACAAGGCUGCACUGCAAAAACACAAAAUGUUACCAAGUUUUUCUGGCUAGUUUCUAGUACCAGUAUCUUUGUACACUUGAAAUAAGACAAAACUAAAACAUUUCAGUGAAAUAUAGGAGCUUGUUUAGAGUUAAUAAUGUAUUAAUUUUGAUUAUUAAAGAAGUACUAGUCCCACUGGCAAAUUAUUUCACUAAUAUCUAAGACAUUUUCUCAUGUUAUAAGUUAAAAUCUCUUUUUCCUCUGGUGGAUUAUUUUACUUUAUAACAGGGAAACAUGUCUUGUUAGAAGUGAAAUUAUCUGACAGAGGAUCUAAUACUUUUUCAUCAAAAUUAAGAAAUUAUUUACUGUAAACAAGCACUGAAAAGUUAAAUAAUUGAUGCAAAUAAAUGAUUACAUUUGUAUUUAAUUAUUAGUUCUUGUUCUUGCAGCUUCUCUGUGAAAUGUAUGAAUUUGAAAAGUCAAAACUGAGAAAUCUUGUAGAAAAACCAUGAAGUUUCUGGGACUUUCCAAGUUUUUCUUUUUUUUCAAAAUAAUUCUGAGAUCAAAAAUUUCUGAGUUUUUUCUAGCAAUUUUUUUUUUUUUUGCUUUUCAAGCCCAGAAAUGUCUGGAGAAUUUCUCACAUAAAUCUGUGGAAUUAUUUGCUUAAAACAAGCUGAGAAAAGUUACUUUUAAGUUAGUUUUGCCACAUUUCAAGUCUACUAAGGAGUUUGCAGUAGAAACUAGACCAGAAACACUUUGAAUUGUUUAGAUUUUGCAGUGUGGAGAGGCUGAAGAAAUGGGGUAAAGUUGGUGAAAUGUUUUGUGUUUUUUUGUGCGUAGGUGUUUGUAAAGUUUUUACAGAAGAAAACAGGAAUUAUGACAUUUUUCAGGUUGAGUAUUUUAUUCCCAAGAGGUUUUUGUUUCUGAAAACAUUCUGAUAAGAAGAGCUGCAGUGUUUCCUGUGUUUCACUUCCUCCAGUGUUCAGAGUUAAAAUAAGCCUCUUAAAGCCGCUUUUCUCUCAGCUCCGACUUGCCAAUCGACUCAGCAAACCGCUCUGAUUUCUCCCCCAGACGCAGAGAGGCAACAUGAAUGUAGAGAAAGGAUUCACUUAAAUAAAAGAAAGACUUCAGCCCUUGCAGAAAGCGCGGCUCGGCAAAGCGUCCCAGACCGGUUCUGUGUUGUUGCCAACGCUGUGUGCCUGAAACGCAGUGCUGUGUCGUCGUGUCGUUGCCUUGAGCAGAUCGCAGGUGGGGAGGUGAAGCUUUGGGGAAGGAAAGAGGAAAAUGUUUGUUUCUGUUGUGAGAACUGAGACUCGCCUGGAACGAUUGACGGAUUCUGUUUGACGGGGAGAUUUUGGUCUAAUCGCCACAUUGCACAAGUCUUUUUGUCGCUAUUUAUGUUUUGUUCUUUUAGCAUGUCUGAGAAUGCCAUGUUCUUAUUACUUCUGACACUUUACAGUGUAAUACAUUUUAUAAUAAAUUCUUUAUUACCUUUU